AUGUUUAAUUUUUUUUAAAACGCUUAGAUUCAAAAUAACAUUCCUAAAUACAGUGUUUCUGAUUUUACUUUCCGUUUAAAAAAAUUAGAAAAGCUAUGCAUAAAGGAAAACUUGGAUGGAUUCUUAUUAAUAAAUGGCCCUGAUUCUCGUGAAAAUACAGAAUAUUUGAAAUUAACAAAUUGGCUUUUAUUAGGUUAUUCGGGUUUAGAAAUAGAAGAAAACGAAUAUUUAAACUCAAUAUAUAAUGAAAUAAUAAUUUUAAUAAAAAAAGGUUCCGUCCAUAUUUAUUUAGAACCAGAAUGCUAAGAGUAAUUAUAAAACUUCAUAUAUAGCAUACCAAAUGUGGAUAUAUUAUGCCCUAAUUAAGAAUAAUAUGAAGAUAAAGACGAACUUGAAUUAUUAAAAGUGACAUAUUUUUUCAAAAUAAUGAAAGAUGUAAAACGUGUUGGAAUUCUUUUAGGAAAAAAAGAUAAAGGAAAAUUACAAGGGAUUGAAAAAUGGCCACUUGUAUAAUCUUAUGGUUUAUAAGGAGUAGGAUUUUUUUCUUUAAAUCAUGAAAUUAUAGAUUUGGCAUAAAGAAUUAAUUAAAUUUAUAAAAAUUUUGACAAAUUUUAUGUUUCUAAAUUAAUUUUUGAUGUUUCUCAAAGAUUAACUGGUCAUUUUAUAGCAGCUACAGGUUAAUUAGGAGACACAAAAAUACAUAAAAGAUAAUUAAUUACUGAAGCUUUUUUAGGUGAAAUAUUUAAAAGUACACAAGAAAUAGAAGAGUUUUCUAAAUGCAUUUAAAAUAGGUAAAAGGAAGAAUAUCCAUUACCGAAGUCUGGAUUUCUUUUUGGAAAAAACACAAAUGAUAAAUUAAAAAAUGAUGAAAAUUAAAAAUUAAAUGAAAUUAAAUAUAACGAAAAUUCCUCUUCCUUUCAUUUUAUUAUCGAAAAUUAUGAUUUGAGAACUAAUUUGAGAGCAUGUCGAACUUAUUUUUUGAAAAAAAAUGUACAAUCUGAAAAAAAUUUGAUAAUAAUAAGUAAUGAUGAAGAUGUUCAUAUAGAUUAUUAAAUUGAAAAUUGUGAAAAUGUUAAUUUUAAAGAUGAAGAGUAUAUAAUUAAUCUUUAUUUAGGAUUGGUAGUAGGCUUUAAUGAAGUCAUGUAAUAUAUAACGAAAGAUUAUAAAAAUUUAACUGAAGAGUAUGUUCACAAUUAUAUUGAAAAUAAAAUAAAUAGAGUUUUUAAUGGAUUUAAUACAAGUGAAAAAUAAAAUACUCUUUAAGUUAAUAUUACUUUAAAAGCUUUUAAUGCCUUUGGUGAAAAUGUACCUAUUGAUAUUAAAGAUACAAUUACUUUUAAAUUGACUCCUUAUUUUUUUCUACUUAGAAUUUCAUUAAGCAACAUUUAAAGCUUAAUUUAUUAAAAUGUAAACCUUGGAUCAAUUGUUUUUGGGGAAUCUUUUAUUUUAUAAGAAGGAUGUUAUUUAAUCUUAACAAAAAAUAUUCCUUAUUUCGAUUUUUGGAACACUUCUAAUGAAUAUUCGAUUAAAAUUGAAAAAAUGAAAAAGCGUGUAAUUUUAGAUCAAUUAGAUGAAUUUAAUAAAAACAGAAUAUUUAUAAAUAGUGGAAAACUCUCAAAUUACGGAUUUGAUAUUCCGAUAAUAGAAAGUGCUUAUGUAUUACAUGAAAAAGGCCUUAGAAUUAAUUCUGAAAAAAUAGGAUGGUUUAUUAUUUUUUUUAACAAAAUGUAAUAACUUAAAAUCACCUAAAACACAUAAAAUACAUGGCUAAUAUUCAAUAUGGACUAAAAUAUUUGUUUAAAUGCAUUAAAUAAACAUUAAAUAGCUUUAGAAUUUACAGGAAAUGCAUUAUAAGAAGUCUUUUUUAAAAUAAAAAAUUAUUUUGAUAAUAGUAAUAUUAAAUAUGAAUAUAUAACUGAUAUUCCUGCUAUUUUCUAAGAAUCUAAUUUAGCUUAGAGAGAGAUUUUAAAAGAGAAUAAAAAAUAACUUAUUCAAAUGAAUUCUAUUUAAAAUGAAAAAUUCUUAAUUGAAUACUUAGAUAGUAAAUAAUUAAUGAUUUUAAACAAUAUGAAGGACUUAAAGUUAGUUACAUUUAAAAACAUGUACGAAUAACUAUAGAGUUAACCUAAAAAUUUUGAAAAAAUAGGAGUCAUUGUAAUUAAUGGGCCUUAUUGCUCAGGAAAAAGAAAAUUUUGUGAAAAUUUGAGUAGAUUUGGUGGAGAAACUUGCAUUAGAAUACACACUUUUAAAUUGGAAAUAAAUGAAUUUAAUGAAGAAAUUAAUGAAAAGUUUUUUUUGACAAAUUUCUUGAGAUUUUCAAGUGAAAAAAAAAUUUAAAAAAGUGAUAUUAUUUUAAUGUGUAUCCCUUAUUUUUUAAGUACUAAAAUUCUACUCGAAUAUUUUACUAAAAGUGAAAAAAUAGAAAAUAAUUUUUAUAUUAGAAAUGUUAUUUCGAAAAUAAAUUUGAAUAACUUUUACCAAAAUUCAAAUAAAAAUUUAAUCCCAAACUUAAUAUCUUAUUGUAUUGAAGGUUAUACAUAAUAUAUUAUGUUAGAUACAUAUAAUAAUUAUGAUGAUGAUGUAAAUAAAGCGAAUAAAUUAAUAAAAAAUAUAGUCCCAAAUGCUUCCAUAUUCAAAAUUAUGAACAAUAUUCUUAAUCCAGGUCUUGCUAAAGAUUUAAUUUAUUCAAACAAUUUUAUGACUGAAGGAAAUAUAUUAAGUAGGUAUAAAAACUAAGUAUACUUAGAUUGCCUUUUUGAUAGAAAAGUUAUUUUUGUACCUUUUAAACUACCAUUAAUUAGAGAAAAGAUGAGAGAUUUAUUUUUUAUAAAAAUUAUGAAAGAAUAAGAGUAGGUUUUAGCUGAUUUUAUUAAAAUAUAAAAAAUAGAAAAGGUUGAAAUAUAGAAUGUAAUUAGUGACAAAAAUGCAACCAAAAUCGAUUUUAUUUAAGGAAUAGUUAGAUAUGAAGGAAAGUUAUAGGAUGGAAUCGAAGAAAUUACUAUAAAUAGCAAUUAUUUUAUAGAAAGGACUAUGAAAGGAAUUAAAUGCGAAAAUAUAAUUGAAAAAAUAAACAAUAAAGAAUAUAAGAAUAUUAAAUAUAAUGGCUUAAAAUCAGAUUAAAAUUUUGGAUUUUUAUUUGGGGGAAAAAACUUAAAUAAAUAACUUAUAUAUGAUUUGUUAAAAAAAGUUUGUAAAGAACCAUAGUAAAUAGAAUUUAGAACUGAAAAAGAUUUGACUAAAGAAGAAAUUAAACAAAUUCAGUUUGAAAAUAGAGGAUAAUUACUUGAAUUUGGUUAGUUUUACGAUGGAUAAUUUUGGAGAAAUGAUUAAGGGAUGAUUUUGGAAGAACAUCCUCAAAAAUAAGUACUUAUUUAAAAAUUUUUAGAUUAAGAAAAAGAAGAAAGAAUUAAAUUUAAUACUUUAUAACUUCAAGAAUGGAACGAAUGGAGAAGUGUAUAUGAUAAAAUUCUCUUUUGA